CACCCCUUCCCGCACCCGUCCUUGAAGCUCCUCCUUCAGCUCCGCCUUACUCCCGGCCGCCUUUGCGCUGCGCGCCUGCGCCAGCUUCCAGUUUGUGCUGGUCCUGAGAGCUUGAGGGGCGUGCGCGCGCGCGCCCUCCCUCCUGUUGCGCGCGCGGUGUCACCUUGGGCGCGAGCGUGGCCGCGCGCGCACGGGACUCGGCGCCGGGGGCCAUUGAGUGGCGAUGGCGGCGACGGCGAGUCCCGCUGCUGGCGGGAUGGACGCGAAGGCCCGUACCUCGCCUAAGUCCGUCAAGUUCCUGUUUGGGGGUCUGGCCGGGAUGGGAGCUACAGUUUUUGUGCAGCCCCUGGACCUGGUGAAGAACCGGAUGCAGCUGAGUGGGGAAGGAGCCAAGACACGAGAGUAUAAAACCAGCAUCCAUGCCCUCACCAGCAUCCUGAAGGCAGAAGGGCUGAGGGGCAUUUACACUGGGCUGUCAGCUGGCCUGCUGCGCCAGGCCACCUACACCACUACUCGCCUUGGCAUCUAUACCGUGCUAUUUGAGCGCCUGACUGGGGCUGAUGGUACACCCCCGGGGUUUCUGCUGAAGGCCGUGAUUGGUAUGACUGCAGGUGCAACUGGUGCCUUUGUAGGAACACCAGCUGAGGUGGCUCUUAUCCGCAUGACUGCCGAUGGCCGGCUUCCACCCGACCAGCGCCGUGGCUACAAAAACGUGUUUAAUGCCCUGGUUCGAAUUGUCCGGGAGGAGGGGGUUCUCACACUAUGGAGGGGCUGUAUCCCUACCAUGGCUCGGGCUGUCGUUGUCAAUGCUGCUCAGCUCGCCUCCUACUCCCAAUCCAAACAGUUCUUACUGGACUCAGGCUACUUCUCUGACAACAUCCUGUGCCACUUCUGUGCCAGCAUGAUCAGCGGCCUGGUCACUACUGCCGCCUCCAUGCCCGUGGACAUUGCCAAGACCCGGAUCCAGAACAUGCGAAUGAUUGAUGGGAAGCCAGAAUACAAGAACGGACUGGAUGUGCUGGUGAAGGUCGUCCGCUACGAGGGCUUCUUCAGCCUGUGGAAGGGCUUUACACCAUACUAUGCCCGCCUGGGCCCCCACACCGUCCUCACCUUCAUCUUCUUGGAGCAGAUGAACAAAGCUUACAAGCGUCUCUUCCUCAGUGGCUGAGGCGGGCGAGGGGCCUGGAGCCAGUGUGCCGGGGCUCCCCCUCGCUCGCUGCUCCUACAGUCAGUGCACCCCCGGGGGGCCUGGACUCUGCUGCCCUGGGCCCCUCUAUUUAUUUUCCCUCCACAGUGUGGUUCUCUCCUCUGCGGUAGAGGACUUUGGUCUGUCCUACCCCUGCUCCAGCUUGUCCUGAUCCUCAUGACCUCUCUGUCUCUGCCGGUGCCUUGGGGGGAGUUGGGAAACUCCCUGAGGAUUUCUGGCCUCCUCUUGGGUUUUAGUUUGAGGACACAUAGGACAGCAGAAGAUCCCCCCUUCUCAGUGGGGAAACUGAGGCAGAGCUGAGGGGACAGGAGAGAGCAGAAGCUGUCAAGAUGGUCAGAGGGUCUGCAGUGGGUGGACGUGGCCCUUCCUCCACCUCACUGAGGACAUAAUCAAUAAAUUGGAUUGAUAAUACCACCCCA